UAUUCAUUUGUUUUGACAGGUCUGUUUCAUCGAACCACACAGGAUCAAGAUUUUUGUAUCUUCCUUUCGUAAAGCCCUUUAUGAAUCAAUAGAGAAAUAAUUUCUGUUAUUCGACAAGUGAAGGUCAACUUCAUCAUAUGCAGAAUGAGUAAUGAAGACACUGAGGAUCAAACAGACCAAAUGGAACCAGAAGAAUCAUCAGCAUCAGGAACAUCAUAUAAUUCCAUAAAGGCAGAAAAAUCUGAUAGUUUGCAGAUGAAAAACUCUUUUCCAAAAACAAUAGAAGCCAGCAAAUCUUUUAUUUGCAAUCAUUGUGGAAAUGGGUUUAGAAGUAAAGCAUACCUUGUAAAGCACAUAAAAAUCCACACCGAAGAAAAGCCUUUCACCUGCCCCCAGUGUGAAAAAAGUUUCAGGAGGAAAAUAAACUUUAGAAAUCACAUAAGGAUUCACACCGGCGACCGUCCAUACCCAUGCCUUCAGUGUGAAAAAAGUUUCACAAACAAAACUAAUCUAACGGUCCACAUGGGAAUUCACACUGGAGAGCGCCCAUACGCAUGUCUUCAGUGUGGAAAGAGUUUCAGACACAAACAUGGUCUUCAAGUCCACGUGAGGAUUCACACUAAAGAGAAUCCAUACCCAUGUCUUCAAUGUGGAAAGAGUUUUACACACAAAACUAAUCUAACGGUCCACAUGAGAACUCACACCGGAGAGCGUCCAUACCCUUGUCUUCAGUGUGAAAAGAGUUUCAAACACAAACAUAAUCUUCAAGUCCACAUGAGAAUUCACACUAGAGAGAAUCCAUACGCAUGUCAUCAGUGUGGAAAGAGUUUUACACAAGAAAGUAGUCUUAAAACCCACAUGGGAGUUCACCCCGGAGAGCGCCCAUACCCAUGUCUUCACUGUAGAAAGAGUUUCAGACACAAAACUAACCUAAGGGUUCACAUGAGAAUUCACACUGGAGACUGCCCAUACCCAUGUCUUCAGUGUGGAAAGAGUUUCAGACACAAACGCAGUCUUCAAGUCCACAUGAGAAUUCACACCGGAGAACAACAAUACCAGUAGUUUCCAUCCCCCUUCUUGUGUGUACAUUUUGAAGUAUCGCAUUAGAAAUAGUGGUGGAAAUUUCAAAUAAAAAUCAUUUCAUGUGCAAAAAAGUUUUUAAAGCAACACUAUGUAGUUUUUUUACCUUUAAAUAAUGUCUCUAAAAUUAUUUCAGUGAUAGAACAACUUUUAACUGGACAAAUUGUACUGUUGCUGCAACCUGAGCAGCCUCCUAGCUGCUACAAGCACCCUCUGAAAGUGGCGGUGGAGGGUAGAGCACACAGCCCCGCCCCUCCCUCUGCCUGCAGAAGAGUGUCUGAUAGGCACUGUUGCGCUUUUCAUCCACAUGGGGGAGCUGUAAGUCAUUUUUACAUGGAAACUACAUAGUGUUGCUUUAAAAGUUUUUAAAGGAGCGGUGAAUCAAAAACUCAAUUUUAACUUGAUAAUUUGUUAUAUAAGAGGUCAUCAUACUUAAAUGAACAUCCUGCAAGUUUCAGAACUGAAAACGUCCGUGCUACUGAAAUAUAACCGUCUUUGGCACCAAGCCAGCUAAACACUCCAGUCUAAAAUUCGGAAAUCUAUGACGUCAAAGUAGAAUUGAAACACCUCCCCAUAACCAAAAGGACAAGUCUACUUUUGUAGCCCCGCCCACAGCUUCGCGUGACACGUGUGUCUCAGUAAGUAAACAUGUCUUUAAAGAUUGACAAAUUUAACCAAAAUGACUUUUUAAAUACAUUUUUUCUGAGAGACUUUUAUUUUGACGCAGUGAUCUGUUAUGAUACCAUGGAAACGCAUUUUCGGUUGUGAAAAAAACCGCAUGGGAACAACCAUGGGAACAACACAGAAGCUAAAUACUUCAAUUCGGAGGCUUGGAACUUAACAUUAGCAAUAUGCUUGGAUAAAGUUUGCUUUUGAAGAAGUUCCAGCUCGUGUGGGGAGCGUUUGUUAACGUUGUGGACAUGGAUUCAUUUGUAAAGAAGUCGAUGCUGGAUUUGCAGAGAGACUCAGUCAGAAGCACCACUUAUAUUGGAUCUGACAACAAUGACACAGCAGUAUAAUUCACAGUAAGACAUUUUACUUUAUUUAAGUUACUGCGUUUCACUAUUGCUUUGUUAAAAGAGAUUGCUUGAUGUGUCCUGUUGUAACAUCCGUGUCUAAAUACGUUUGUUGACUGUUUUAAUUUACUAAAAACAUUAAACGAUUAAUAAAGGUACAACACUUAACAAUACGACUGUAAUUUAAAGGUAGAAAUAUACAAAGUUAGUUAUAAGGAAGGAUUUAUCAACCGCAGUUUAGAUUCUGAUGCCCGUUUACUGUGUUGUAUACGGUAAUUUAGGCAAGUUGCGUUUGAAAGGUCAAACACUCAACAAAGCUUAUUUUUUAUCAUAUAACUGUGGUAUUUAACAUUACGUGAAUGUAAAAGCAACCUCACAAGCACAAUAGAAAUAUACAAAGUUAUUGAUAAGGAUUUAUUAGCCGCAGUUUAGAUUCGGAUGCACGCUUACUGUGUUGUAUACGGUAAUUUAGUCACGUCGAGUUUUGUUUCUACUUUAAUAUACGUAUUGUCAUUUAUGUGUAUCAUGUUUAGCACCCAGAAUCUUUUGUGUCUCAAACAUAUUUGUGUUCGGCUGCUAUUUUUAUCACAUUAAUGUUUUUAAAACAUUUCCCUACAUGUAAUGACGGGGAAUGAAGCUGUCCAAUCAUAGCAGUGGGUGUUUACGUUCAGGUCUUCAAUGCGGCCCGCCCCUUCAAACGAACCAUUUCUCAAGACAGCCACUAAUCGAUGUUACAAAAUAGCGUAAUACUUAUUGCUUUUGAUGUUUUUGAAUGUAAAAACAAUGCGAAAUGCAUAAGUAGACAUCAAUCAACGUCAUAAAGCAAUAAAAUCGACCAAUUCACGGCCCCUUUAAUUGUUUCUUGUUUUACUGCUUCAAAGUCUGUUCGUGAAGAUUUUGUGUGUGUGUCUGGCCUUUCCAAUGGUUUCAAAACCAUGUCCCCUAUUCCCUAAGUAGUGGAUGACAAUUGAGUUCACUUUAUGGGGGAGAAGUGAAUGAAAAUGAGUGUGUGAUUUCUGACACUGACAUAAAUACCACGCGUCAGAGCCAAUGCGCCAAGUCAACCAAUGCGACUUCUGGAGAACGCACCUGAAAACAUGUUCGGGACGUGUCUGGCGGAACUGGCAGGAAUGGCCACCAUAGUUCUCACAUGCCCGUCCAUCACAUUGGAGGAGGGGUGGGACAAAUAUCACAACAACCUACGGGCUCACAGCUCAAGUAUCACGGCUACCAAAGCACUCAGCUGAAAAAAAACAGCUGGGAUUCUGCAUCCUCCAGGCGUUUCAGCCGCAUUUAAACGUUUUGGUGUGUACGUCCCCUUACACCCGUAUAGCUUUAUGGAUUGUACUGUGAAACCGUAAAGUUCACUUUCUAACUUUUUGUCACAUUUGUCAUGUUUAUUGUAUGAGAACACAACAACUGCUUUUCAUAUGUAUUCACGAUUGUGUUUGUUUAUUUAUUAUAUUUAAUAAACAUUUGUAUUAUAUUUUACAAUAAAAAUAUCACACUUUCAA